UGUGCUCAGGAUGGUGAGUAAUGGGUCGUCAAAACGCCACGUGUGUUACUAUUACCACGAGGACAUCGGGUCGUUUCAUUUCGGUCCGAAACACCCGAUGAAACCACAACGAUUGGCCGCGAUACACAGUCUGGUGGUGAAUUAUGGUCUGCACAGGGACAUGCUCGUGCUGAAGCCGCCGAAGGCAUCGUCGAUCGAGAUGGAGAGAUUCCAUUCGAAGGAUUAUAUAGAGUUUUUGCAACGUGUCUCACCGAAAACAGCUGAUCAGUACGAGCACUUGUUUGCGCAGUUCAACAUUGGAGAGGACUGUCCAGUGUUCGAUGGCAUUUACGAUUAUUGUGCCAUCUCGACGGGGGCAUCGCUUAGUGGUGUGGCACGAUUAAAUCAUGGACUGAGUGAUAUAGCGAUAAAUUGGAGUGGCGGGCUGCACCAUGCGAAGAAACGAGAGGCGUCGGGGUUUUGUUAUGUGAACGAUAUUGUGAUCGGUAUUUUGGAGUUGUUGAAGUACCAUCCGAGGGUGUUGUAUGUGGAUAUCGAUAUACAUCACGGAGACGGCGUGCAGGAAGCCUUCUAUUUGACAGAUCGUGUGUUGACAGUGUCAUUUCACAAAUAUGGUAACUACUUCUUCCCGGGGACUGGGGAUAUGUACGAGAUCGGG